AAGUUCGUUGACACGUUGUAUAGUUAUUCCGCGAGGAUGGGUGCAGGAAAGAGUCAAUUUACGGAGGAAGAGUUGCAGGACUAUCAAGAUUUGACGUAUUUCACUAAAAAGGAAGUCUUACAUAGUGCACAUCAAAAAUUCAAGGCGCUUGCUCCAGAGAAAGUUGGACACAACAAGAAUGCUAAGCUGCCAAUGUCCAAGAUCUUGCAGUAUCCCGAAUUGAGAGUGAAUCCUUUUGGCGACAGGAUCUGUAAAGUCUUCAGCUCUAGUCAGGAUGGCGACUGUACCUUCGAAGAUUUUCUGGACAUGAUGUCUGUAUUCAGCGAUGCUGCUCCAAAGGCUGUGAAGGCUGAGCACGCUUUUAGAAUAUUCGAUUUCGAUGGUGACGAUAUGCUCGGUGUGGGAGACUUACGACAAGUGGUCGACAGAUUAACCGCGCCCCAGAGAUUGAACGAUAGCGACAUGCAGCAGCUUCUUCAGUAUAUCCUUGACGAAGCUGAUCUGGAUGACGACGGAGCACUCAGCUUCGCCGAGUUUGAGCAUAUUAUAGAGAAGAGCAGCGACUUUUCUAAGAGUUUUCGAAUUCGUUUAUAAAAGUGAAUGUCGUUAAUGACGAACUCGCCAAUGAAAGACUGAACAUUAAUCGACAUUUAAUUAUAAUAGCAGACAUGGGCCUAACGCGUACUUUGAAAAAAGGAAAAAUCAUGAUCAACGUUUGCUGAAUGUGCCAGGGCUCUAUAAUUUGGCCUAAGUCAGAUCUUGAUCUUUUUUUAAUUUUUUAUCGAGCUUAUUUAUUUGUAAGAUUAUGGUAGAAGGACCACGUAACCACGAAUAUAGAUCUCUUAGUUCAAAAAUAUCAUAUAAUGCUAUAACUAAACUGCCAAACACAGUGAUAUUAUUAAAACAUAUAUGAUGCUCCAAUUUAACAAAGAGAAAUCACAUCUCUUCUCGACCAGUAUACAAGCAUUUUUAAAAGAUAUACCUUAUGUAAUGAAGUUGAAUGAAUGCCCAAGUUUGACGUAGUAAAGUCAUCAUGUCAACUUGCUCCAGUUGGAAGACAGAAAAUUCAUUUUCAGUAGAAACUUCCACAGGUAUAUUUAAUAAGCGCAUUUAAAAAAUACAUACCCGUAUUGAAAUAUAUUAUUUAAAAACUUAGUUUUGAC